UGAAAGGAAACCCAACCCACCCUGAGGAAUCUAGGGAACUCGUUGAAAGCCGAAUUCAAGGGAGAAACCUGCCAAGACUGGGGACAAGCCAGCCAGUUGACAAGGCACCUUGACGUUCGCUUUGCUUGCAAGGAUCUUCUAAUCAGGACCUUUUUAGUUACGAAGGCCCGCCGGAUCUCGCGAUCUGUGCCCGAAGGGUGGUUCUUCUCUCUCAGAACCGAAUUCGGAAUUAGGUCUCUUGAGUAUUUUUGUUUCGGUCGUGGCUUAGCAGCUAUCAGAUCUCUUUCAGGAGAACUCAAGCAUGGCGGAUUCAUUGAGUUUACGUUGUAGGGUGCUUGCGGCUGUCCUCCUGGCGGCUGUCAUUGUCGUGGAUGCCAGUGCAAGUGACCAUAGAUAUGGCCAAGGCGACAAGGUGCCUUUCUACGCCAACAAAGUCGGUCCUUUUCACAACCCGAGUGAAACGUACAAGUUCUUUGAUCUGCCGUUUUGCCAGCCAGGGAAGAUUAAUGAGAAGCUGGAAGAUCUCGGCGAGGUUCUGAACGGCGAUCGCAUGGUGCAGGCCCCCUACGAGCUCAACUUCCGUGUGGAUCACGAGCGAACCACGCUCUGCAAGCGCACGCUCGCCGUUAAGGACGUCCAGAAGUUCCGCGACGCGGUCAUGAACGACUACUAUUUCCAGAUGUACUACGACGAUCUCCCGAUCUGGGGUUUCAUCGGCAAGGUCGACACGGAUCCCAAGAACCAGCACUUUUUCCUCUUCACGCACGUGCAUUUCGAGGUAGAGUUCAACAACGACCGCGUGGUGGAGAUCAGCGUCGCGACGGAUGCGGGUACCGCGGUAGACAUUACGGAGGAUAAGGAGAUGGAGGUGGAAUUCACGUACUCUGCGAAGUGGAAGGAGACCACCAAGUCGUUUGACAAGCGCAUGGACAAGUACUCGCGCUACUCGUUCCUGCCUCAGCAUCUGGAGAUCCACUGGUUCUCCAUCAUCAACUCGUGUGUCACCGUGCUGCUGCUCACCGGCUUCCUGGCCACCAUUCUCAUGCGCGUCCUCAAGAACGACUUCAUCAAGUACUCGCGCGACGAGGAGUCGUCUGAGGAGCAGGAGGAGACGGGCUGGAAGUACAUCCACGGCGACGUCUUCCGCUUCCCCAAGAAUAAGGACUUCUUCUGCGCCGUGCUUGGCAGCGGCACGCAACUGCUCUUCCUGGUAAUUUUCAUCUUUAUCCUCGCGCUUGUGGGGGUGUUCUACCCCUACAACCGCGGUGCUCUGUGGACGGCGCUGGUGGUGAUCUACGCGCUGACCUCGGGUAUUGCUGGCUACACGGCAGCGUCUUUCUACAAACAGAUGGAGGGCACCAACUGGGUUCGCAACAUUCUGCUGACGGGCUGCAUGUUCUGCGGCCCUGUCUUCAUCUCCUUCUGCUUCCUCAACACCGUCGCCAUCGUGUACAACUCCACCAACGCCAAGCCCUUCGGCACCAUUGUCAUCAUCAUCCUCAUCUGGGCGCUUAUCACCUUCCCUCUCCUCGUUGCUGGGGGCAUCGCCGGCAAGAAGAGCAACGCUGAGUUCCAGGCCCCCUGCAGGACGACCAAGUACCCUCGCGAGAUCCCGGUGCUGCCGUGGUAUCGGCACACGGUUCCCCAGAUGGCUAUGGCUGGUUUCCUGCCGUUCAGCGCGAUUUACAUCGAGCUGUAUUACAUCUUUGCGAGCGUGUGGGGGCACAAGGUGUACACGAUCUACAGCAUCCUCUUUAUAGUGUUCAUCAUCCUCAUCAUUGUGACGGCGUUCAUCACGAUCGCGCUCACGUACUUCCAGCUUGCAGUGGAGGACCACGAGUGGUGGUGGAGGUCUGUGCUGUGCGGUGGCUCUACGGCUCUCUUUAUCUUUGGCUACUGCUUCUACUACUACUAUGCGCGCUCCGACAUGUCGGGCUUCAUGCAGACGUCCUUCUACUUCGGCUUCAUGGCGUGUGUGUGCUACGGCUUCUUCCUCAUGCUCGGCACCGUGGGCUUCAGGGCGUCUCUGUCCUUUGUGCGCCACAUUUACCGCUCCAUCAAGUGCGACUGAACGGCUGAGGCCUCUGGGAUGUGAAAUGUCGUGUUCACGGCAUGUAGCGGCAGUCUCCUCACGACACUUGAUCGUGGAAGUAGUGAUGGCAUUCAUGGCAGUGAUUCUGUACUGUACUAAACAUUUUGGAUUUCCCUUAGCUAGCAUGGAUGCCACUAGUGAUAGCGUGCGGAUCAGAUACUUUUAUUCUGUAACCUAGAUAAUUGACAGCAUGAUGAAGCACCGCAACCAUAUGGUCACUGAUGUUAUGCGAAAUUGUGCUGAACAAACCUCAUGUGUGAAUGGUUGGCUUAGCUGGCCAAUGCCACUAGGAAAAGUUUCUAAGAAAGAUGUGAAUUAUUU